AUGGCCCUGAGCGCACGAACUGCGGCGAGAGCGCUGCGAGCUGCAAAGCCCUCGGCUACUCGACCUCUUGCAUUUGUGCAAGCAUGCAGCUACUCCUCGUCCUCCGAGCCAACGCUGAAGGAGACCUUUGAGAGGGUUCUGCCUGCAAAGCGCGAGUUGCUGAAGAAGGUCAAGGCCCACGCCGACAAGAAGCUCGGCGAUGUCAAGGUCGAGAAUGCGCUCGGCGGCAUGCGAGGCCUGAAGGCUAUGGUCUGGGAAGGCUCGGUCCUCGAUGCCAACGAGGGUAUCCGCUUCCACGGCAAGACCAUCAAGGACUGCCAAAAGGAGCUUCCCAAGGGCACAUCUGGCACUGAGAUGCUGCCCGAGGCCAUGUUCUGGCUCCUGCUCACCGGAGAAGUCCCCUCCGUCUCGCAGACGCGCGCUCUGUCGCGAGAGCUGGCAGAGAAAGCCCAGAUCCCUGCUUUCGUCGCAAAGAUGCUCGACGACUUCCCCAAGGACCUGCACCCCAUGACCCAGUUCGCGUGCGCCGUGUCCGCGCUGAACUACGAGUCCAAGUUCGCCAAGGCCUACGAGAAGGGCAUCAACAAGGCCGACUACUGGGAGCCCACCUUUGACGACUCCAUCAGCCUGCUCGCCAAGCUUCCCACCAUCGCCGCGAAAAUCUACCAGAACGCGUACCGCGGCGGCGGCGCGCUGCCCAACGAGGUCGACCUCGACCAGGACUGGUCGUACAACUUCGCAGCCAUGCUGGGCAAGCCUGGCAAGGAGAACGAGGGCUUCCAAGACCUCCUGCGCCUGUACCUUGCACUGCAUGGCGACCACGAGGGCGGCAAUGUGUCGGCGCACGCCACUCACCUCGUCGGUUCCGCGCUCAGCGAUCCCUUCCUCAGCUACAGCGCGGGUCUCCAGGGUCUGGCUGGUCCGCUCCACGGUCUCGCUGCGCAGGAAGUGCUCCGGUUCAUCCUGGACAUGCAGAAGGCGGUCGGCGAGAAGUUCACCGAGAGCGACGUGAACAAGUACCUCUGGAGCGUUCUGAAGUCCGGCCGUGUGAUCCCCGGAUACGGGCACGCGGUGCUCAGGAAGCCGGACCCGCGUUUCCAGGCGCUGAUGGAUUUUGCGGAUGCGCGCCCCGAGGUCGCAGCGGACCCAGUGUACCAGCUUGUGAAGAAGAACUCGGAGGUGGCUCCUGGUGUGCUGACCGAGCACGGCAAGACGAAGAACCCCUUCCCCAACGUCGACUCGUCGUCGGGCGUGCUCUUCCACCACUACGGCUUCAAGGAGACACUCUACUACACGGCGACGUUCGGUGUGAGCCGUGGUCUCGGCCCGCUCGCACAGCUCAUCUGGGACCGUGCGCUGGGUCUGCCCAUCGAGCGCCCCAAGAGCAUCAACCUCCAGGGCAUCUUGGACCAGGUUGGCGCGUAG